UGCAGCUUCUUCUCAAUGAUAGACUCGUUGCUUUGUAUCAGGGCUGGUCCUGGCAAAGAAAAAACAUCAUCACGGUGAUGAGCAAGAAAGGAGGGACAAGACAGAGGGACCGCCCAGGAAACCCCGAGACCUCUGGAAAAGAAGAGACGGCACCACCCGCACCGACACCGGGAACAAGACUUCACAUUCAGUACCGGGUGUGAUAGAACAGAAUCGCUAGAAGAACAAAGGAGCCAAGUGGAGCCGAGAUUUAACCACUAAAAAGAUGGAGGAAAUAAUGUGUCAAAAGCUGAAGCAGAUGCGAAAGAUUAUGGAGAAGACGUCAGAGACCACAACGGGGAAGAAUUCGAGUCCAGGACACAACGUUGUGAUUGUCUCCGCUCUGGAGGAGAAAGAUGUCCAGUGGUUGUACCGAAUCCUCAGUUCUAGGCAUUUCCAAGAACAAGUGCAGAAUCUGAAGUCCGUCAGCAUCACGAAAACUAAGGAGAAGAACUGGGAAAAGCUGAUGGGGGAAUCCACAUUCUGCAUCUAUCUAUCUAACGAAAAUGAAUGGGUGCAGGGAGCCGCGGCAUCUCAGAGGAUUAAACCACUGUCAGCCCGAGGAAAAAGAAACCUGGUUGUGGUGAUUGAUGAGGUGAAGAUCAGCAACGAGGAACAGAAGACACAGAUCCUGCAAGUAUUCCCUGAUAUAGAGAAAUAUGCCCUGGGGCUCCUCCUCUUCAGUAGGAUGGAGAAAGAAUCGGACUACGAGAGGUUUUUAACUAACUUCCUGCAGCCAAGACCGGAUAUCAACCGCAGAGGUUCCCAGGCUGCCAUUGCCCCAAAGGUUAUGCUCGGAAUAAGAUAUAAAGUUGGGAUUUUCUCCAGAUCAGCAGAUCGAGAAUACUCCUGGAUGAUGACCUUACUGGCCUCUGAGCUCUUCAGGGACCAUGUCCUCUCUGUCAGGCCAUGUUUUAUCUCUAACAAUGGAAAGCAGAGGUUCAAUGAGGAUUUGUCCCAUUGCACAUUCGGGAUUCUUUAUCAUACAAAGAACUUUGGCAGAGUGAACAUUACUGAUGUGAGAGAAAGUCUGUAUGAUGAGGAAAUACAAGACCUGUCCAUGACUCUCGGGAAGAAGAACGUAAUUGUGGUGAUCGAUGAUCUGGAGGACACAAGUGAUCAGGUGAAGAGUCGGAUCCUGCAAACACAGCCAAAGAUCGCCCAAUGCGCCAAAGACCUGGUCCUUAUAUCAUAUGAAGACAAAGCUGACAACAUGGGACAUUCUGCAAAAUCUAAGCUCCUAAAAUGUUUCCUCAGCCUUCCAGAUGACAGGUAUCCACCAGAAAACUCAAGAUAUGAAAAUAACAGAGGAGUCGGCCCUUAUUCAUCUAUAGAGAGGCCAAGAUCUCCGUCUUCUAUGGCUCCUCCAGAGCUGCCCCCCUCCUCCAUGACACAUGCCACACCGACUCCCUCACGAUCGGCCAUUGGCAUUUUCUCGCGGUUGGAGGAGGCUGACUACCUCUGGUUGAGGAGAUGGCUGACAUCUGAGGAUUUUGGACAUAAAGAUGUUUUAUGUUGUAAAGUUUCUGGUAAUGACGAGGAGAUGCAGAAGGUCGCCUUUCGGAGUAAGUUUGGGAUUCUGUAUCACAGUGGGAAGAAUGGGAAGAUCCGUCUGACCGAUGCUGUGGGUUCUCUGUAUCAGGAGGAGCUGGAGAAGCUGUCGGCAAAACUAGGGAAGAAGAGGAUGAUGGUCGUGGUUGAUGACUUGGAUGACAGUGGAGAUAAAUUGAAGCAGAAGAUCCUGGAGAAGCAGCCGAGUCUAGGGAGACUGGCAGCAGAGAUCUUCCUCUUCACCGCGGCCGAGAAGAAGGAAAUUGAUCAUCAAAGUCAGGGAAAACAUCACAGCAAAAUGAGCAAAUCAACAAGCAACAAAAUCAGCAGCAUAAAGAAAUGUCUGACCUGAAAUUAAACACCGCAAGCUGAAACAUCGCCCUAUGACCCUUCCAGA